AUGGCUCCCAAAAUUUCUCUAUAUACUGCCCAUCACUGCCCUUGGGCCCACCGUGUUCAAAUCGCUCUCCGAGAGCUCGAUCUUGAGUUUGAGACGGUUCUUGUCGACAUCAACAUCCCACGCACACCCGAAUAUCUCGCGAUUAAUCCUAGUGGGCUCGUACCGGCUCUAGUUUACGAUGGUCAUGUCUUGACGGAAUCUGGUCUCAUCACGCAAUUCCUUGUCGAUUCACAUCCCAGUCAUCUACUCAAGCCUAGUUCUGAACCUGGCGGUGCUUUGCAACGAUUCAGUGUGACGUUGUUCGUUGACUCCUACAUCAAGGCCCAUGGCUUCUUCGAUACCGCUGUUUACUCUUGUGAUCAGGAGCAAAAGGCCACCGCCGCCCAAAAAUACAUUAAUGCGAUUGUCUGUGAUAUUGAACCUCUUCUUGUGGAUGCAGCACCAUUCUUUGGAGGCUCCUGUCGUCUUACGUUUGCAGAGGUUCAAACAGGAUCAUUCCUUCUCCGCGUGUUUGCACUGCCCAGACAUGGGGGAAUUCUUCCGGACUUUUUCGUCAAGGCGCUUGACAAGGCACCGAACUUCAAGCGAUGGAGUCAUGCUGUAAUCGGUGAAAAGACGGUAACGGCGAUUUGGGAUGAGAGGGAUGUCAUCAAACGCACUCUGGCGAGGAUUGAAUUGGCGAAGCUUCGAGAAAAACCUUGA